UGUAGACACCCAAGCUGCUAGCUAGCAAUUGUACAAUGUUCUGGGCUUAAGUCCAAGUCUCCUCAUACGUCAUGAGCAUCUACAGCUCAGAGACAGACCCGACUGUGGUCACAGAUGCCGUAUACCUCCACUUCACUGAGCGUGGCAGCAAACAGCUCGUGGUUGCUAAACGGUCAUUGCUGCAAGUCUAUACAUUCAUUCAGAAGCAGGAAGACCUAUGUCAGCCACUACCGGAAGAUGACAUGAAUGAUGCUGUGGGACAGCCUGCUGAUGCAGACGCUGACUUUGGAGCGAACUUGAAAAUUACUGCAACCCAAAAGCAAACGGUUACAAAGCUUGUGCUUAUUGCAGAGCUGAAGCUUGCGGGUACUAUUACAGGCUUGGGAGUGGUUCGUCCCAAGGACUUUGCAUCUACUGGCAUCGAGUUGUUGCUAGUCUCCUUUGAGGUGGCUAAAUUGUCUCUUCUUGCAUGGAGCUCCGCAGAGCAUACCAUGACAACCAUCAGUAUUCAUGCCUUUGAACGCGACGAAUUCAUGUCUUCUCUGCACAGCAAAUCUCCCGGCGUCCUUCGCCUCGAUCCGGCCUCGCGCGUGGCGACCUUGUCAUUCUACGACCAACGAUUCGCAUUCUUGCCCAUUGCUCAAGUCGAUGAAUUGCUUGCGGAAGAUGAAGAAACAAAAGAAGGCGUCAUUGUCAAUUCAUUCGUUUUGAGCAUGAGCCAGCUGGAAGAUGACAUUGCUCAAAUGAUUGACUUCAAUUACUUGGACGGGUACCGGGAGCCAACGAUGGCGAUUCUCUUCAUGUCAGAAACGACAGCACCAGCCCUCAAAGACUGGCGCAAGGACACAAUACAGCUCGUCGUGUUGACACUUGACAUUCAAGCAGGCGCACGAACUGCCAUCUUUGAGAUUGACAAACUUCCUGCUGACUUACACACCAUUUAUCCGGUACCGGAGCCAGUCGGUGGAUGUCUUCUGAUUGGCAAUAAUGAGCUCAUUUACGUCGACCCUGCUGCGAGAACGGUCGCACUGGCAGUCAACUCGUAUGCAAAGCUUGCCUCAGACUACGACAUGCGAGACUAUGCACAGCUAGAACUCAAGCUCGAAGGUGCUCGUGCGGUUGCACUCAAGCAUGACUCGCAACUUGAUGGCAUCUUUUUGUGCUUGGCAGAUGCACGAUUAGCAUUGCUGACACUCAAUAUGGACGGACGCACCGUCAGCAGCUUACAUUUGAAGGUCGUUUCUGCCGAUUUUGGCGCAGAUGCUCUGCAAGCCGUUGCAUCCUGUGCGAUUUUAGUGGAUGGUAGAAGACUCUUUCUUGGCAGUGAGCUUGGCGACUCAUCACUUGUUGCUUGGCAGAAGCGUGCACGGAAAGCAGAAGUCAGCGAUGCUGUCCAAGAUGUGGCUGAAGCAGAUGAUGAUCUUGAUGACUUGUACGGCGAUGAUGCAGCAACCAAGCAAAUUCUUGGGUCAGAAACAACGACUUUCGAUAUUCGCUUCUCAUUGCAUGAUAGCUUGCACAAUUCUGGGCCAAUCAUCAGCAUGACGCCAAGACCGCUGGUCAAUGGCGAAAAGCAGGAAACCCGUGCGCCAGCAGAACUGGCUCUGAUUGCUGGUCAUGGCCGUUCCGGUAACCUGACAUUUCUGCGGAAAAGCAUUGAGCCCAAUGUUGUGGGCAAAUUUGAUUCGCCUGCUUGGCAAGCGAUGUGGACGCUUCGAACACGUUCACCGCAACUCGACUCGACUGAUGUGCAAAAUGCACUCGAUACCUACCUUGUUGCUUCCAAAAAGACUGAAACACAAAUCUUCACCAUCGACGCGGCAUUUGUUGAAAAGACUGAUUCAGAGUUCGAGACGUCGGAUGGUACCAUUGCUGCUGGCACGGUGGAUGGCAAUACGUGUGUUGUGCAGAUUUGCGCCGACAUGAUGCGGACCUAUGAUGCCGAUCUCAAGCUGUUGCAGCUCAUCCCAACACCCGAGACUUGUACGGUGGUGUCUGCGAGUAUUGUCGAUCCAUUUGUUCUGUUGCUCCUGAGUACAGGCAAGGUUGCUAUCUACACGACUGAUGCACAGCGCGAUUUGAUUGAGGUACAUCACAAGCUGGGAGGUAAUCUGGCAAGUGCUGUGUUAUUCAGACCAGCAAAGAGUUCCGUAUUGGACUCUUGGUUGACUCCUUCGAAAAAGCGUAAACGAGCAGAGGAUAGUGGCAAGCCUUCCUUGUGCUUUUCUGUUUCUAAAGAUGGUACACUGGCUGUCCAUCAAGUCCCAAGCAUGUCAUUGGUGUUUCAGCAAACGCACGUUGAUUUCUUGCCUCGCAUCCUCGACGGCGAGGAGCAGUCAGUCGGCUUCAAGCCAGCGUGUGAACCUAUUGUGGAGAUCCUCGUUGCUGACCUCGGCCAGAAUGUCCUAGCACCACACCUGGUCCUGCGCAACAAGCUUGGAGACUUGACAAUUUACAAUAUCGCACUAAAUGAAAGCAAGGUGGUGUUCUUCAAAGUUGACAACCUCGCACUGACGCAUCAUGGAGAGGCCAAAGGGCAGACAUUGAUGACGUCUUGCACAGUUGGUGAAUAUGCUUGCGUCUUUGUCAAAGGAAAGCAUCCGCAUUGGAUAAUCCAGUCAGAUCAGUCUCUACCGACCCUCUUUCCCGCUUCAACGGGUCCUGUACGAAGUUUUUCUGGUUUCAAUACGCUCGACGCGCCAGAAGGAUACAUCUACUGCGAUGCGCUCGACGUCAUUCGCAUCUGUACAUUGCCGGACGGCUUCCGUUAUGACCAACGUUGGAGCAGUCGUCACGUCAAACUCGGGUGUAAUGUCGAUGGCCUGGCGUAUUUCCCAGAGCAACAAUACUACGCACUGGCCACAUCCCGACCAGCUCCCUAUGAAAUACGCGACGAAGACAAUGAAUCGCUUCCGCCGCCACAAGACAAUGCAGCAUUGCUACCGACAUUCGAUCGAGGCUCUCUCGAAGUGAUGGACAAUACGUAUAAGCUGAUUGAUCGCUACGAUUUUGCUGCCAACGAGCAAGUGUUGUGCCUCAAGUAUGCUGCCAUCAAGGUCCACACAGACGUUGGCAGCUCUGAUCGACCCUGUAUGGCUGUUGCAACUGGUAUCUUUCGCGGUGAGGAUCUCGCUAUGCGUGGCGCCAUUUACCUCUUUGAAGUGAUUGACGCUGAGGUAGAAGCUGACAGUGAUGAGAGCGUCCCUCGCUUGAGGAUGGUUGUUCGCGAGGAAAUCAAGGCUGCUGCAACGACGUUGUGUGAAUUGGACGGCUAUCUCGUUGCUGCUCAGGGACACAAAGUGCUUGUGCGUUCACUCGAAGAGGAUGAGCGACUUGCGCCUGUUGGAUUCAUUGAUCUUGGCCUCUACUCAACCACUGCAAAGGCUCUGCGCAACACUGUAUUGUUUGGCGAUAUUCAGCAAGGGCUGCGCUUUGUAGGCUUUCAAGAAGAGCCGUAUCGGCUCGUCCUUUUUGGCAGGGAUUACGAAGGACUUGAUGUUGUGGAUGCCGAUUUUAUGGUUCACGGCAAGGCACUGUACUUUGUCGCGAGCGAUCCUAAUGGUAAUUUGGUGGUUAUGCAAUAUGAUCCCGACAAUUCAGCGUCCAUUGCAGGAACGCAUCUCGUUCGCAAAGGAGAUAUACAUGCUGGGAAGCAAAUCACUUGUAUGUCAACAGUUGCACUGCUACCAUCGCAAGACGACAUCAAGGCAGAUUCCGACAGACAAGUCGAUAGCACAGUUGUGUUGUGUGGUGGCAGAGAUGGUUCCCUCAGCACAAUGACACCCGUGUCAGAGCGCGUCUUUCGGCGCUUGUAUACAGUGCAGACGCAUCUGUCCGGGUCGCUGCUUUUGCCAGCUUGUCUGAAUGAGCGCGAAUAUCGGCAUUCUCAUGUGGCUGAUAAGCAAACGAGUAAUGCCCUGCGUGGAAUUCUUGAUUGCGAUUUCAUCAAGCAGUUUGCUGGACUCGAUGCGAUUGCAAAGGCAGAGGUGGCCAAGAAGUGUGCAGUGAGCGCCGAUGGUGUGCUGGACGAUUUACAGGAUCUGCAGCGAGCGACGAGUUGGUUCUAGGGUGUCUAUGAGAUACCUUCCAUAGAAGCAAUAUGAUCUGUGA